ACCCAUUUCGCUUUCCCACAAUCCCAUUCGCAAGAAAGGCGUGUAUGCUACCAGUAUACACGAACGUAUCCUACGUAUCUUUUGCGGAACCUACGCCAGGAUUCCCCCAUCCCAGCUCAGCGAAUCGCCGUACUAGCUGAUCGCGCGUAGGCUUAGUGUAUUUUACGAGGGUUUACAUUGGAUUCCCCAGCGCUAGCCAUCAAGAUGUCGGACUUCGAGCCAAUCUCAGACGCUGAAAAGACAAAAAUUGCAUCAGACUUCAUUCUCCAUGCACCUCCAGGAGAGUUCAAUGAAGUUUUUAAUGAUGUCCGAAUUUUAGUCAAUAAUGAUGAUCUUCUCAGAGAGGGAGCCGGAGAAGCAUUUGCCAAAUACAACAAGGACCAAUUCACACCCGCCACUAUUGAUGGAGCAGACAAACAAACCUUAAUCACACAAUUCAACGAUCACAACGGACAAUUCUUCGACCCCACUUCCAAGCAGUCCUUCAAGUAUGAUCACAUGAGGAAAGAGGCGAGUGACGUGCAGCCUGCCAGCAUCGAUAAUAACUCAGAACCAUGGAGGUUAGCCUUGGCUAAUGCUGUAGGAGGGUACAUCAAGGAUCAUUUCCCUCAUGGAAACAGUUCAGUAUUUGGAAGGACUAAAGACAAGAAGAUCAUCCUUGUAGCAUGUAUUGAGGAUCACUUGUUCCAGCCAAACAACUACUGGAAUGGUCGCUGGCGAUCACAGUGGUCAGUGACCGUUGACCCAUCGGGUGGGUCAGUAGAGGCAAGUGGGCUCAUCAAGGUGCAAGUACACUACUAUGAAGAUGGUAAUGUUCAACUGGUCAGCCACAAGGAAAUCAAGAUACCCCUUGAAAUCACAACGCCAGAUAACACAGCAGCAGCUUUUGUGAAAGCGAUCGCCGAUGCAGAGCUUGUGUACCAGUCCAACCUAUCGGAGGACUACAUCUCAAUGUCGGACACGACGUUCAAGGCUCUCCGAAGGCAACUGCCGAUCACCAGAAGCAAGUUCAACUGGAAGCAAUGGAAUCACUAUGAUAUCGGCAAGAAGCUCAACCAGACCCAGUAAUGAGAACUUUGUAGCCCCCAUUUUGGCAACUUCAUGCUUUAAAAAGAAACACAAAUCCACACAUCUGUUUCCUCCCUUGGAUAUUUUUUACAGCAACAGUUAACAUUUAUCUAAAUGUAUAUCUAAAUAUAUAUAUGUUGAGUGCGCCAUUGGAUCUUGUCCUUGCCGCAUUUCGUCGGCAGAUAUAUUUUUGUUGUGGUCUGAAGGAAGACGCAAACCUCUUAACAUUCUUUUUGUACGCCUUUAGUUACACUUUGUGUGAAAAAUAUAGAAUAUUUAAUCUGUAAAGACUGUAAACAUAUAGGCCAACUAAGUCUUUAGACUCUGUUAAUAUCAUCUCCUUUGUUUUCAGCUUUUGAAAAUGUUUGUACAUGGAGAAAAUUCUCACAAACAAGUUUGUCUGAAGAAAAAACAAAUCGCAUACACAAAUCAAACUUUGUAUAGUGUCACCGAGAUGUGUUAGAAAGAUUGAUUUGGGUGUGCGUCUGUAGUCUGGACAUGUAAUGCUACCUGAGAGAGAGUUCAUUCAAAAUCUGUAUACAAAGAGCAUCACAACUCUAGAUAUGUGGGUUUUUUUAGGGCUCUUUUGAAAAUCAUCCAAACCAUGGGCUAUUUGGAGACCAGUGUGAGCUAUUGCUACAGUUCCAGGGUUGAAUUCUCACUGAGCCUCUAUAUUGUGAUAUUGGAGCAUCAAUACAAAGUUUGAUAUCUGAAGCAGAGCUUAUGAAAUAUCUCAAUAUGAAAGAUGCAAUUCAUGCUUCAGGAUUUAAGAUUAUCUAUCCUAGACUUAACCUUGGGUUGUAACAAAAAGAUUUUUUAGACCAUAUAUGUGAUGAUUUGCAAGAUUUGCAGAUAUUGGACUUGAAAAUUCAGCUCAAUUUAAACAAAAUCUGACUUGAUCUCUCGGGUAGCAUUGCAGCUGGCUCCACCUUGCUUGUUGUUUUGAUGAUUAUCUAUCUCUUGAAGCCAACAUAUACCUAUGGCAACAAGGGAAGUGAAAUUAGAAGUACUUAUUGUUUCUACAAAGUGAGUAAUUUAUGUAGCUUAGCUUGAUCUUUGUUUUCUUCGUCUUCAUUUAUUUAAUCAAAGAAAGGCACAUGAGGGAGCCUUAUAUUAGUUCUUUUAGUUAUGGAGAGUUAAUUUAUAUAGAGUCUUUAUUACCACUUUCUCCUCCACUUUAAAUCAUGUCAUCUAGGUAUCUCUAAUUCAUUGCUUUGUCUAAGUAUUAAAACAAGUUUAUUUUGUACUCUAAUGAUGAAAACGUACAUAUUCCCCCUCCCCUCUUUAUGUGUCUUCUUUUCUGUACAUUGAAUUUAAUUGUAAGGACUAUAAACAUCCAAGAGAAGUUAUAAGGGGUAUCUUGUGUUGCAAUUUUGUAUGUAAAUGUAUAUAGCUGAGGGAGGUUUUAAUUGUUAAGUAGGUGGCAGCGAGAAGCACGUGAUCCAUAAAGAUGACUAUUAACUGUUCAAGCUGGUGGUGACGUAUGUCUGUCACUCCUGUGCACUGAGUUUUAUCAACGACGCAGGAACAUUUCAAUUAUUAUUUCCUGAUGGUGUACAUGACUUGUGGUGUAUAAAGAUUUGAGAUGGAUUUCAAGGUUUCAAUAACUCUGAUUACUUAAGUUUUUUUUCUGUUUUUUCACUUGGACAGAAUAAAGUUUACAAUGCAAGGAGUGAUUCUUUACAUAUUUUUCCCACAAUGCUUUUCCCACAAAAUUCAUAACAAAGAACAAAUGUAAAAACAUACACUCUGUCUAAGGAAGUGAGAUAUAGUGCAAAUACCUGUACAUGUAUGUUAAUAUUACAAGCAACUUUUUUGUCAUUUUACCCCAACAUUGACAUUUACAUCCAUAGUUUACAUUGCUGCACAUGUGAAUUCCCCUGGCCCAUCAUUUGCUUGGCCCAUAGUAUGUUCAGGUACACAUCCAUGAUGGACGUUGGACUUCAGUGCUCUUUUGUUAGCAGAAGAAUAUCAUAUAAAUGAACAUAAUGUUGCAUGUGCUUGCUUUCUGGCACAUUAUUGUGAUGUACUGUUAAUGAGUGAAAUACUAAUGCAAUAUAUUCUUGAUUUAUUCAAGUCAAAUGAAGAAACAUUUAUUUUACAAUGUGAUAGACAUAGACGUAUAAUUUACUUCAGUUAAAUAUAUCAUUUGCACUGAAUUUAUAUUUUACAGUAUAGUGAUCCUCACCAUCAGUUUAAGACUGAAAAAUUAUAUGUACCCAGAAACUAUAUUUGUUCAACUUCCAAUAUUAGACCUUGCACCUGUAGACAUCCGUCAAGCAACUUUGCAUGGAUGUGUAUUUGAAUUGUUUUCAUUAUAAAUACCAGUUUUGAGUUAUUUUCCUUCAUCGCAAUGUGCACAAUAUACCAGCUAAUGUAUGGAUGAGAAGGGAAGGUGCGUUGUAUGUAAAUGUAGUUCUUGCGUUUCUGUAGAUUUCCAAAAAUAAUUGUGUGGUGAUUGUCUGCAAGAUUAUAAUCUUCAAUUGUCAGAUAUGAAUACAUGUAUGUGUUAACAGCUUUUAUAUAUUUCAGCAUGUAUGAAAGAGAAGGGAAAAUGAGAGUUUUUUUUAAAUAAAUGCUUCCAAAUAAUUUACACUGAGUUUAUAGACACAAAUGAACUUGAAUGGAACAUAGGAACAGGGAAAUCCAGACAUUUUUUAUAAUUCUAUAUUAAUAUUAUUAUGAGGGUUGAUGUUAUAUCUGUUACAAGUCUUCUUCAGAGUUAAAAAGUUGUCACUACAUCAAUUAACAAAACCAUUUAGUAGACUCCUAAAUAAGAAACCAAGAGCUAAUAACAUUCAAGUUUUGUUAUUUCAUGUAGUUUGAAAAUGCUUAUAUGAAUUGAUUGUCAAUGAGAACUAAUUAAAGACUUUGACUACCACACACAUAA